AUGUCUUUUCUAAUGGAAAACCUUUUUGAGCAGUAUUUCUUUUCUCCUGUUCAGGAAAAAGAAGAGUUGAUUGAAGAAUGGCAGCCAGAGCCUCUUGUACCUCCUGUACCAAAAGAUCACCCAGCUCUUAACUACAACAUUGUUUCAGGUCCUCCCACCCAUAUAAUCACUGUUAAUGGCAAGGAAUGUAUAAACUUUGCAUCAUUCAACUUUCUUGGACUCUUGGAUAAUGAAAAGGUUAAGAGUGCAGCCCAGGCAUCUCUGAAGAAAUACGGUGUUGGCACUUGUGGACCUAGAGGGUUCUAUGGUACUUUUG